AUAUAUUAUAAAAAAAAAAAAAAAACUGUUAUUAUUUGAUGUAUAUGAAUUUAGAAUUACUGAUCGAAUAAAUAAGUAUUUUGAUAGAAAUCAUCGAAUAAUACUUUUUAAUAAAUCGUGCGAUUCAAUCACAUGGGGAAGGCGAAAGAAUGUCAACGAUCAAUAGUAUUACGAAAAUGAAUUGGUGAUUCGUACGUUGAAAAUUUUGUGCACAACAUGGUGUCUGGAGAUCACGAAAGAUUGCUGCCGGAACCGGAAAAUUAUGUGAAAUGUUUUUAUGAUCUUUUCAAAAGUAUCGCAGAAGCACAGAGAAAUAAAGAAGAAUGGAGAAAAUGUAAGAAAAAUAAAUCUAUUCGUAAGAGGGAUAAGAGAAAGAUUGAUUUGAGUGGAGAUUUGAAUUAUAAUAAUCCACCAGAAAUAGAAUUAUCUUGCAAUGCUUCUGCAUUUGCUGUAUUUGCUAGUGUUAGGAGUGCUAUUUUGGAGAGGCAUACUAGAACAUCAAAUGAAGUUUAUAGAGUAUCAAAUUGUAAUUCUCCACCAUCACCGGAACAUAGUGAAACUAUCGAUACUGAAAGUGAUGAUGAAGAUAGAAUAUCAACUAUACAGAGCUUACCAAAGAUUGUAGGUAUUGGUUUACGAAGCGUUUUCACAUUGAUGAGAGAAAGUAGAACUAUUGAACCUGCUUUGUGUACAAAAGCAUUAUCAGCUUUAUUGGAUGUAUUACAAGGACAACUUCCUGAAGGCCUGAAAUCUGAACCAGAUGAUGUUAUUGAUCCACUUUUUGACUUAUUAUUGGAUCUUGCAACUUCACAUGGGCCAGAAUCAGCAGCAGCUAAUGAUGGAAGUCACUUAACUGCAGUUGCUUGUGCAUGUUUAUUGAGUCUUGUGGUUGUUAGAGGUGAUACUGGUCGUUUGUUAGCAGCAAUAGCAGCUUUACUUAUGUGUCCAAGAGUACUAGCAAUUCAAAAUAUUCAGAUGCCAUGUGUAUUGACAUCUUUGCAAAGAAGUGUACAAGCUGUUUUACUUGGAAAACUUGCACGGCCAGACUGGAUUACAUAUGGAGUUCCUAAAUGUGCUAAGAUUUAUACGCUUAAGUUACCAAAUGAGAUAAAUAAUAUAAUACUAAAUGGGCGAAGCUUUGUAAGUGAUGGAAAGUACCUGUAUCUACAUACAAGUAGAGGAUUAUUGAAAAUUGGCAGUGGUCAUGGUGGAACUAUUUGGGGUCAUAUGUAUAUUCAGAAGGCGGACUUUUAUCCAACAGAAACGGGUUGGCUUGGUUAUGCAAAUAACACGCUGUAUUUUAAGUAUACACCUAGAAAACAGAGCGAGUUAUUAAUUAUAGAUGCGGAAACUCUUACAGUUACGGAAAUUGCUGUUUUAGAAGGUCGUGAUUGGUCAUCCUCCGUUAUGUUUUCUGAUGGUGAAUGUUUAGGAAUGAUAACUGCAGGAAAAGAUGAUGGUUUUGUAGUCAGAACAAUAAAUACGUUAAGUAAUCCAGUAACAGUUGCAUCAGAAUUACCAUUAAAAUUAGCAAGAAAAUGUGUAGAUGUUUUCGGGUAUGCUACUUUCGACGAAGAACAAAGCACUCAUACAUUAAAUCCAGGCUGUGAUGAUGAAAUUGCUACAGUUAUUGCAGGAAAAGAAUUUGCGUUGUUAAAAACCGUAUCGGGAAAAGUUCUAUAUAGCGGAAAAGGAACUUCUCUUGGUAUGAAAAAUAACACAAGGCCUAAUAGAUGGAUGGAAUUAACGCUUGGAAAAGGUCCAAGACUUAUAAAUUUUGCAGCUGGUCAUGAUGGUCAACAUGUUGUAAUGGUAAUGGAUGAUGGUUCGGUUUUAUUUGCUGGUACUGCUAGACGUGGAGAAGAUGGUGAUAAUAAUAAAGUUAGGCGACAACCUAAACCAGUCAAACCAAAAAAAAUAGCAAAAGUAGAAGGACAAUAUAUAGUGGAUGCUGCUUGUAAUAAUGGAUCAACAGCAUUAGUUACAAAAGAAGGUUCUUUGCUGAUGUUUGGCAAAGAUACGUUGCAUAGCGAUCCGGUUUCGGGGAUAAUUAAUGAUCUUAGAGAUGUUUGCGUUGUUCAUGUUUCAUUAGGUAAAGCUCACGCUGCAGCAUUAACUAAUAAAGGACAUUUGUACACAUUUGGAAUUAAUAAUAAAGGACAAUGUGGAAGAGAUUUUACUACAGUUCAUAGUACUAUAAAUAAAGAUACCUCCUCUGUUGCUGUAGAAAUGGGUACAGCAGAAGAUGAACUUUUAGUAACUGAAGAAGAUGGUAUGGAAUCUACCGAAGAUUGGGAAGAAACAAAAGGUAUGUGUCCGCCUGGAUUACAUCAAUGGAGGCAUCGUGUUUGUAUGGUUUGCACAGUAUGCCGAGAAUGUACUGGAUAUAGCAUAUCAUGUUUAAGUAGUAUACGCCCAGAUCGAAAUCCAGGCCAGGAAUGUGGAUGUGGUGAAGGUGAUAGCGGAUGCGCGGAAUGUGGAUGUUGUCGUACUUGUGCAAGAAAAAGUUGCACCAAUGGUAGAUCAAGUUCAAAUUUUCGAGAAUAUUUACAAAGAUGCUUGGGAGAAAUAAAACAAAAGCAGAGAACGAAGGCAGGUCCGAGUACUGCAAAAUAUGGAAUGAAGUUGAAAGGUCCGAAUAAUCAAAGAUUGGCUGGUCCAAGUGUGAUCCAAAAAAUUGCUGGAAAAAUGGCAUUAGGAUUAGGUACUAAUUUAAUGAACGAAGAAGGUAUUGGUGGGAGUGAUAUUGAACGAGGUGAUGCUGCAAGAAUUGCUAGUAUACCACCAGCUAGAGUUCCUAUACCUAAUGAAAGUCCUGUGGUUCAAGUAUCAUGUGGUUUACAUCAUACAGUGGUACUCUUACAAAAUGGAGAAGUUUAUACAUUUGGAAGCAACAUAUAUGGUCAGUUAGGUGUAGGAGAUUUGAUAGCACAUGUUGGACCAGUACAUGUUAAAUUACCAGGAAUUGCAACGCAAGUUGCUGCUGGAAGCAAUCAUACGGUUGUACUUACAUCAAAGGGAGAAGUGUUUACAUUUGGAGCUUAUCAAAAAGGGCAAUUGGGCAUAAAUUGGUGGAAUGGACAAAAUGAACUUUCAAAUUCUUCUCCUCAAAUUAGUCGUCGUUCUGAUAGGACACAGCCACGCCAUUGUUUCCCAACUGUAGUUCCAAAUAUUGGUCCACAAUGGGGCAGACGAGCGACGUGGGUUGGUGCAAGUGGAGAUCAAACUUAUGUCAAAAUUGAUGAAAUAAAUUCUAUUAGUUUAACCAGGAGUACUGUUAUGGCAAAUAAAAAUUGCAUAAUUUUAAUUCCGCAUCAAACUGAUCAUGCAAAUUCCUUCAAAUGUUUAGUUAUAAGCAAAAGAGAUGGUACAUGUAAUAGUUAUAGUGGAACCGAUCAAGUUGAUUUCAAUAAUUGCGCUACAUGUUUAGAUCCUUUAUAUAACAUGAUUUGGACUUUCAAUCCUAUAAAUAGCGAAAUAAGUUUAUAUAAUAUUAUAUCAACGGAAGUUAGAACAAUUCCUGGAUUGGAAGUUUCUAUUUUGAGUCCAGGUUUAACUCUACCUGUAGUAUCGAAUUGUUUCGUAACACGUUCUCAGGCUGCAAUGCAUUUAUUGGGUUGUUUAGAUACCCUUACACAAGCACAAGAUGAAAAUUUUUCUAUAGUAGAAGAAAAUGAAUGUAACCAAUCAACACACGGAAAAGUUUAUAGUCGUGAAGAUUUUGUUACGGUCAAUAGAUUUGAAAGCCACGGUGGUGGUUGGGGAUAUUCUGCACAUUCAAUCGAAGCUAUUAGAUUUAUGCCUGAUACUGAUAUUUUACUAGGUGGAUAUGGAUUGUUUGGAGGACGAGGGGAAUAUACGGCAAAAAUAAAACUUUUUGAUAUUGGAAUGGAUGGAGGGGAUCAAGAAAAUGAUGGCGAGCUUUUAGCAGAAUCUGAAGAAAUACCAUACGAGUGUGGACCACGACAAAAAUAUUCAAUUUUAUUUUACGAACCAAUUCCUUUGCAAGCAAACAGAUGGUACGUUGCAUGGGCUAAAGUUAGCGGUCCAUCUAGUGAUUGUGGAUCUGGUGGUCAAGGAAUGGUCACAGCAGAGGAUCAAGUUAUGUUUUAUUUUAAAUCUUCGAAAAGAUCUAAUAAUGGAACCGAUGUAAAUGCUGGACAAAUUCCACAAUUAUUAUAUCGUAUCGUAACACCCGAAAAUCAAACUCCUAAUAGGCAAAGGGAUCGCAUCGAACCAGUUUAUGUAUUAAAAAGAGAUUUCAGCAGAACGGUUACUAAAGAAUGUUUUCAAUCAUUAAUAUCUCUCCUUCAAUGGAGUUGGAAUACAUUAAAAGCAGCGUUAAGCGAUAUCAUGGUUCAUAGCACUUCUUCUCACGCGCUUGAAGUGGAGCGUUUAGUUUACAUUAGUAAAGCUAGUUUACGAUUACUUAGAAUCUAUACCAAUGAAAUUUAUCCAAAUCAAGCGGGGAAGAAAACUCCAGCUGAAUCGGUUAGAUUAGCAGAGUGCAUAGGUGAAGUACGUGCAUUAUUACAUCAAAUUUUGUCCGAUACUGUACCGUUAAAUGCGAAAAGUAAAGGAAAAACGCGAUUAAACAAAACUCCUAGUGCCAUAAAUAAUAAUAAAAUGACAAAUAGCAUAUUAGAGGAAUGCCACAGAACAUUUGUAGCUUGUUAUCAUGUAUUUUAUCCAACAGCGUAUUUGAAAUGGGUGUGUUUAUGCGAGCUGCUAUCAGAAAUCGACAGAGAACAAGGACGAUCUACGAAGGAUCGAUUGUUAUCUGCUAUUUUGGCUGCUCUAUGCAAUCCUAUUAUUCGUCUUCGAUGUAUAUUUCCAAUUUUAAAUAAUGUGAUGGAUAGUAGCGAUAGUAUAAAACGGCAACUCAGUCCAUCCGACAAUACUGGCUUGUUAAUGAUAAAUUCAACCGAAAGUCACCAAUAUCCAAUCUUAGUCGAGCAAAUUAGUUAUAAAUCUCAAAUAGAAAGUUCCGGCAAAGAGACUUUAAACUGGUCAUUUCGCGAUGUCCUCGAUAGACUGUUAGAUUUGAUUCUAGUCCCUGUAAAGAAAAGUCUUUGUAGAAAAAAGACUCAAUCACUGCCAGAGUUGGUACUUCAUUGUUGUUAUUUAUUAGCGCGAGUGAUCGCCGAAUUAGCGGCACAAUCUAGUGGGAACGAGGAUGAACUUCAAGCCGCAUGCGGUAGAAUCAUGUACACUACACCUUCGAGAUUUACUCGUGUAAAUCAAACAAGGUCGUGGAAUACCGGUAAUGGCUCUCCAGAUGCGAUUUGUUUUUCGGUCGAUAGACCAGGUAUCGCCAUCGCGGGAGUGGGUAUUUACGGAGGUGUUGGAAUGUAUGACUAUGAAUUGGAGUUACUCGACGAUCAAAAUAAUACGGGUAACGAUCCAUCCCAUACUCAACGUUGGAGCAGUUUGGAUUUUACACGUGGCACUUUCGGGCCAGAUGAUUGCGUUAACGAUAUAGUAGAAUUAAAAUUCGAUAAACCUGUGCCUAUCAAGGAAAAUAUGAAGUACGCUAUUAGACUGAGAAAUCGUGGAGGACGUACAAGUAACGGCGAUGUUGGUUUGAGCGUCGUUAAAGGACCCGAUGGAACUACGUUUACUUUUACAGCUUGCUCUUUAAGCUUUAACGGUACAACUCAGACCAGAGGUCAAAUACCGCAUAUCCUUUAUUAUUCGAAUCCUCAAGACUCGGACGGUCAACAAACGAGCAAAGCAAUGGCUGAAGUACAGGCAAGAAAGUGUGCCCUUGCCAUGACGGCUACGAUUAUUCAAAGAUCGAACGAAAUUUUUGCAUUAGCGAGGGAAAGGGCAGAAGAAGUAAUAGCGACGGAAGUUCUUGGCAACGCGACAUUCGUGACGACACUUUUACCAUUGGUUAUGGCGCACAUCAGCCCUUUGGCUACGUCGGAUCCGAGAAGCGGUGUUCAAAUUCUUACUUUAAUACAAGAAAUGUUACCUCAUGUCGCGGCGCUUAAUUUAUUAUCCACAAUGGGAUCAUCUGAAAUAUCUCAAGACAACGAGAUUCAGCCCCACAUUCCUACGCCAAUAACUACCAGUCAUCACUAUACUUGGUUGGAAAGUGAUCAUCCUUAUAAACCCGCUACAGUAUCUCAUUACAGAGUCACGUUUCCAGAAACAGUAAAAUGGUUAACGAUCGAAUUUACGCCAGAAUGUGGCACAGCUCAACCAGAAGAUUAUUUACAAUUGUACAUACCAAAUAUAAUUUCUCUUACCGGCCCAAUAACGGAAGAUAUACCCUUACAUUGGCCCGUGUUGCAUAAAUUGAGCAAUAUACCGAAUCAAUGGCCUCAAAAUGCGAUCGUAUUACCAGGAAACGAAGUUAUGUUUUCUUUGGAAACUGCUUCCGAUUAUAUGAGAAACGAUAGAGCAAUUACAUAUGGAUUUAAAUGUCUAGUUAUUGGAUACGAUUGGAUAACAUCUGGAAACGGUUUGAAAAACCUAGAAAUUGAAUUAUCAUUUCUCGGAGGUGCCUGUGCUGCAAGUCUCAUGAAGAGAAAUCUUGCGCUACCACCUGUAUCUAACGAAGAAGUGGAAGAGGAUUUGGAACUGAUGCAAGAAACUGCAAAGAGGAUUUUUUCCGUACAUUCAACCUUACUUGGACGAGGAUUCGCUCUAGCUUCACCUCCUACAGUUUCCCAGGCCCUCGAUGGCGUUCUUCCGUUCAGUGGUCACUCGAACGAACGACUGUUUCUCCGAGACUUCGUAUCUUGCACGGCUGGCAGCAGCGGAGGUCGUUUGGCAAGAUGGUUGCAGCCAGACAGUUUCGUAGAUCCCUCGAAAUGCGAGGCGCUCUACUCGAAGGACGACAUGAAGUGCGGAUGCCCCGCCAUCGUCACUGUACACACCAGAGAUCAGUACGGGGAUAUCGUUCAUGUACCUAAUUUAAAGGUGGAAGUGAAGGCAGUUCCUAUAGAGAAAAAAGACUUGGGAGAUUCGGAACGGGUUUCUCAACCCGACCCGUUCACGUUCGGCGGUCAUCCUCAGCCACCGGUGGACGUGCCGUACGAGGUCACGAUCAACAACAAGACGUGCUUCUACGCGAUUACGAUCAUGAAGGCUUAUCAAAACUAUUCGUUCGAGGAGUUGAGGUUUAUGUCACCGGCUAUAAAAAGAACGAGCGAAAGCAUGCUGGUUAGGCCGAACGACGAUGGAAGCUAUAGCGCGGCCUGGACACCGUCGUCCGUCGGAUGGUAUUCGCUCGUCAUCACUAUAGACGGAUACGACAUGGAAGAUAAAUACAAGGUUGAGGUGAAGGAAUCGCCGCAAGGUAUGCAACCGCCCACUCAAAACGUUGUGAAGAAACCGCAACAUCAACCGAGCAGGCUUAGAAAAUUCGUGGCGAAGAACAGCGCUGGCUUGAGGAUAAGGGCGCAUCCGUCUCUUCAAAGCGAGCAAAUUGGCAUCGUUUUGGUUAACGAUACCAUAGCCUUCAUAGACGAGAUUCACAACGACGACGGCGUUUGGCUACGACUGAACGCUGAAACGAUCAAGGAGUAUUGCAACAGCAGCCAUCUGGAAGCUUGGUGCUUGCAAUACAAUCAGCAUUUGGGGAAAACGUUGCUCCUUCCCGUCGAGGAACCUAAAUCUAUCUUGGAUCAAGUGAUCAAGGAGACGAUAUUACGGAAAAGGCCGGAAAUAAUUGACGAUAAAAGGAAGACGGUCACGUUCGACGGUGGUAGGAACAUGGUGGUCGUAAAGUGCGGCGCUUCCGGUCACAAUAUUAGAAGUAGGCCGGGAUUGAAUGCGGCACCGGUUGGGAAAUUGGCGCUUGGAAACGUGGUCACUAUUCAAGAAUACUUCGUGAACGGCGAGGGUACGUGGGUACGCAUGGACGACGAGUCGAUGGCCAAGUACUGUUUCCGGAAAGGUCGGGUGGCCGAGGGCGAGGCUUGGUCCCUGGCUGCGAGCAAGCACGGCGUCACUUACAUGAAGAUCGAGCAAGACACGGAGAACGAUCCGACGGAUAGGAAAGCGGCAGAUCCGUCCCUCUCGCCUAAUCACAAAGGUUUCGAUUUUUCCGUGCCUUCCGUGAGUCACGAGGGCUUCAAUUUCACCGCUCAAAAUUUAACACCAGGUACAGCAGACUGUGGAGAGGGUAGUAAUACAAAUCCAUUCGUUUUUGGGAGCGACAGAUUCACACCGGAGAAGGCCGACGUCUCGCCCAAGUUCUCCAAGGCCCAUUCGAAGGAGAGGGUGGUGAAGGAGAGGGAGAGAGAGGGGGGCGGCGGGAAAUUGAGCGUGCUGCAGAAGUGGUUGAGAGGCGACGACAAGUGUCACGGAGAGAAAAGAAGUUCACCCGGCAAUUUUGCCAUUUGUAGAGAUUUCUCGGAAUUCGUGGGCGUGUCCGUGAAGGAAUUGGUGAAGGCGAUAGGGGAGAGUCGGGCGAACGGUAACGGGCCCACGCCACCGGAGACCCCGAGGAGAUUGUCGAGAAGUUCGUCGCCCAAGAAUCCCCAAGGUGGGUCACCAAGAUUUCACAGCCCGUCCUCUAGCCCGGUUCCGAUACCCGGUGGGAGAAGUUUGAUAGGAGGGGGAGAUAGUAUCAGCAGCAGCCCUGUGCUCUGUGGCUCCCCCCGAAGUGUCGGCCUCUCCCCAUUAGUUUCUGGUGGGAUGAUAGACAGCGAGAGGUCGCAGCGACGGGGAUCGACGCAAAGCGAUACAAGUGCCUUGGUCAGUAGUCUAACUAGGGAUCCUUCGCAAUCUCCGAGCGCUGUCAGCACAACUGCCAAUACUCGCGACCUCUCGCCAAGCCCAAGUUGUAGCUCUUUGCACAUGAGAUCCGAGGGUAGUAUAGCCAGUCCACCCGAUACACCGAAGCAAGAAGUCGUCGGGGAUUCGCAAGAAAGUCCGAAGAGAGUUUCGCAGGCGCAAACGCAAACGAGCCCGGACAGCGCGACCACGGCUAUGAAAGGACACUUCAACAUUGGCUCGACCGGGCCGAAAGACGGGGGGAAGUUGGCCAGAAGGGAUCACGCUAAAAUAACGAAGACGAGGACGAAACGCACCAUGUCCCCGACCAACAGCCAGCAGAAUACGAAUACGAAUCGAACGUUGAAUCUGAACAAAGACAAGGUGAAGGAAGCUAUCAGUCCAUCGGUGGCCGAGUGUUUGAGAGCCGUGUUCGCGGCCUUCCUCUGGCACGAAGGAAUCGUGCACGACGCGAUGGCUUGCGCCAGCUUCCUCAAGUUUCAUCCCGGCUUGCCGAAGCAGGGCGCCCUCGUCGUUACGAGGCAGCCGGUGAUACAAACGACGGACAAACAGAGGCAGGAGCAGAAAGCGCGGCAGAGGCACUCGGUCGAGGUGAUCAACGCCGGCAAUUACUUGUACAUACAGCCGAGCACGGUCGAGGCUUUGACGCGGUCCGCGGCGAACGCCAACGCGAACAGGAAUCGCAAGAAGCAGAAAACGGUGAUAAAGGAGGAGGUUCAAGAAAACCCGAAACUGGACUCUCUGCCGGAAUUUCAAACGGUGGCUGUACUGCCGCCGGCUCUUAAGAGUCUGGUGUUCUUGUGGGAGGAACUGAGCACCAACUGCCUUCAAACGAUAGAGCAACGAUCGGUUCUGCCGAGCCCGAUCUCGCAGAUACAGACGAUGAAGUUGGGGAAGCGGCCGGAGAAACGGCCGCGGGAGGACAAGGCGAAGGAGCGCGAGAAGAAGAACAGUAGAAAGAAGAAGGAGUGGAAACCGGUCGGUAGAGGGAACGGGAGCGAGGUGUUGGGAGGGAUAGAGCGUGAAACGAUUUGCGAAUUGUGCGGUAUGAUGUUUCCGCAUCCAGUGACAUAUCAUAUGAAAAUGAUGCAUCCUGGUUGCGGAUGGCAUGCGGGCGGGAAAGGGUACAACAGCGGAGGGAACUAUUGCAUAGGUUGGGCGGGGAAUUGCGGGGACGGUGGUAUCGGUGGAAGUUCGUGGUACCUUAUCUGCGAUACGUGUCGCGAUAAGUAUUUGCGAGCUCGAAAAUUGAAGCUCGCGAAAAAAUUCUUAACAGGAAUGACGAAGAAGAAGAAUGCCUCUGCCAAAGUUGCGUCACCAGUUAGUAGUCCCACCGGGAACGAAACGCACAUAAUUAUGAAGAACAAUGCUAUGUUUCUCUUAGACUUGGCUAGUGCGUCCGGAUUGAAUAUUCCAAAGCAGCAGAGGCGCCCUUCCCAAACGCUGUCGUCCGUGGCAGAAAAUUACAGUCCACCGGAAGCAGCUGGACCGUUUCCACCGACUGGGCCGUUUCAGUGUUUGCAAGCGUUGGGAGUUCAUCAUUCGCAAAGUCACGACGAGAGAUAUUACGAGGAGACGUUGAGACGUCAAAACGGACAUCAAAAUGCGUACGAGGGCAAUGCGAUGGCCAACACUGCGAACGGAAGGCCUUUGUCGGAAUGCCCUAUGAGCGACAGCGACGGGGAAGGUGGUAAAGGUCGUGGGAUAUUUCAUCGGUCGGUAUCGAUGUCCACUGGCGCCCCAUGGACUAGGAAUUCGAACGAUGGUAGAGUUGUCAUGAUGAGAAAACGAAACAAUAGUAGCAGCGAAAUGAACACUGAUGCCGGAUCAUCUCUUCUGUGUUACCCUUCUGCAGCCCUACAAAAAUUAGUACCAUCGAUGAAUCAAUCGGCAAUUGUCUCAACGAAUCAAGAGGAAGAAGUCACGACUAACGAUAGAAUAGAAAUUCUUAUGAGGCCUGUGAUGCUUUUUGUCCUACAACAACAUAAUCUGCAACAUCUACAACUCGCAAUGAAGCAAGCAUUGAGACGUGCUGCUUGUAGAGUUUAUGCGAUGCAAGCGUUAAACUGGUUGCUGAGAAGUGUGACGCAACCUAUUUGCCUUCAUGAUUUACUAUGGUGGUUCAUUGCAUCCCUAACACCUACGGUACCACCUGAUAUUCCAGACACAAAUGAAGAAGACAAUAAAACUGAUAAAAAGGAUGAUCAUGAGAUGAUUGGCGUAUGUGAACAUCCUCUAAGCGAUCUUGUCAUAGCAGGUGAAUCUGUUAAUCCAUUACCAACGGUUUUUCAUACUUUAUUGCAAACUAUAGCAGACUUGAUGCUUUUACCACCUCCUGGUUCUCCUUUGCAACAAGCUGCCAUUCGAUGUUGGGGCAUUAAAUUUACACCUGCAGAUCAUAUGUUCCUCCACAGAAGUCAUGUUUUUAGUAACAUUAGUAAAAUACUCUCAAGAUCGGAAGAAGAGGAAGAUAUUACAAUGAGCAUGCAUGAAAGUCAUCAAUCAAUUCAUUCUCAACAAGUUAAUAGUUGUGUGGAAGUUUUGAAGGAUUUAACAUGCGGUGUGGAAAUUAAAGCAUCGAGUAGGCAAGCUAUGAUAGGUAGCUUGACUGAUAAUUCGACGGAAACUUUUUGGGAAUCCGGUGACGAGGAUCGAAAUAAAACAAAAACGAUAACUAUCAUUUGUGGUGCUCAUUCUCUUCCUCGAAUGGUGUACAUUCAUAUUGAUAACUGUCGUGAUCUAACGCACAAAGUAUCUAGUGUUACAUUUCAGUCGGGUAAUAACGUGGAUGAAAUGAUCAAAUUGAGAACUGUAGAAGUUGAAAGUCGUUCCGCUGGAUGGAUUAACUGCCCAGUCACUGAUCCACGUCAUGUUAUUGUCGGUCUGAAAUUGAAAGGCCCAGAUAAUUCUUUGCGAGUACGACAGAUACGAAUUUUAGGUGAAAUUGAAGGGGAAUCUUUGAAAAUUGAAAAACAAUUGAAUGCCCAAACGAUUCAACAAAGAAAUUGUGAAACAGAAACAUUAAAAGUAUUCCGUUUAAUUACUUCUCAGGUAUUUGGCAAACUUAUACAAGGUGAACAACAACAACAACAAAUGGACACUACGGAAGGAACUAACGAAGACUUGGAAGAUAGUAAUGAUCUCCGCGAGCACAUGGUUGGAAUUUUAUUCAGUAGAAACAAUUUAACCCAUUUACAAAAACAAGUUUGUACACACAUUGUUCAAGCUAUUCAAAAAGAAACCAUUCGUUUAAGAGAAGAAUGGGAGACGCUAUUAUGUUCUCCGACUCCUGCUAAUAGCCUGUUAAGUGAUAAUAGCGAUUUGCCUAAAGCAGCAGAUGCGUAUUGCUUUGAAAUGUUAUCCAUGGUACUAGCCUUAAGUGGUAGUUCAGUAGGACAAUAUUAUCUAUCGCAUCAAUAUGGAUUGUUGAAAGAUUUGUUGAGUUUGUUACAUACUGGAUCGGCAAGAGUGCAACGUCAAGUAACAUCUUUGUUGAAGAGAAUUUUACCAGAAAUUAAACCAGAAGUGUUAGCUAAUGUCAUUAGCGUCAAACGAUUACCGCCAACAGAUUUUAGUAUUAUAUCAGCAAAUAAUGGUCUUUCUCAUAAUACCGAAUUUGAUGAACAUUCCGCGGGAAUUCUUGACGUUUUCUUAAGUUGUAUUGCUAAGGCACUCACAGUUCAAGUUAAAGUAAAAGGAAAAGAAAACAAUGGGAAAGCUUUGCAAAGUGUAUCAUUAGCUACUAGUAUUCAUCCAAAAAGUCAAGUUGGAACAAGAUGGUGGUUAAGAGGAUGUAUGACUAGAAAAUUAGCUGAAGUGAUAAUACAACUUUUAAAAGAUAUGGCAUCGGGAAAAUUAUCAGAAGCAUGGGCAUCAGUGACUAAAGCAGCUAUUGCGGAAAAUAUUUUAAAUCUUACCAGAUUGGAUGAAAGAAGCCGUGAUCCAACUGAAUGUCUUAAAACCCCAACUUUAUGGCUUGCCCUUUCUUCCUUGUGUGUAUUAGAUUCCGAUCAUGUUGAGAGGUUGUCUUCGGGUCAAUGGAGCGGUACUGAAGGACAACCGCCGCCCCCUAGACCAACGUGUAGUAAUCACGACGAUGGCGAGACAACGGCAAUUAUUCAAUGUAACGUUUGUGGAAAUUUAUGCUCGGAAUGCGAUAGAAUUUUGCAUUUACAUAGAAGAACACGUAUGCAUAUAAGACAAGUUUGCAAGGAGGAGGAAGAAGCGAUACGCGUAGAUCUUCAUGAAGGAUGUGGGCGAACAAAAUUGUUUUGGAUUUUGGCGCUUGCCGAUAGUAGAACGUUAAAAGCGUUAGUGGAAUUUCGUGAUGGUUCGCCAAGAAAACCCGUUGGUGCUACAUCUGGAAUUUGCAGAUUUUGCGGUACUACUGGAAAUACAGGUUUGCUAGCUGUAGGAAAUAUUUGCGCAGAUCAGGAUUGUCAAGAGCAUAGUAAAAACGCGUGCAGCAAAGUACACGUAUGUGGGCAUAUUUGUGGAGGAGUACGAAACGAAAAGAAUUGUCUACCUUGCCUACAUAGAUGUUUACCAGGCAGUGAUUUGAAGCAAGAUGCUGAUGAUAUGUGCAUGAUUUGCUUUACGGAAGCUCUAUCUGCUGCACCUGCGAUUCAAUUACAAUGUGGACACGUUUUCCACUUGCAUUGCUGUAGACACGUUUUAAUGAAAAGAUGGGUGGGACCUAGAAUAACUUUUGGAUUUUCUCUUUGUCCAAUUUGUAAAAUUCCAAUGGAACAUCCUACAUUGACGGAUCUAUUGGCUAAUAUUAAGGAACUUUAUGAAGAUGUCAGAAGAAAGGCCUUAAUGCGGUUAGAAUACGAAGGAUUGCACAAAGCGGAAUCAACAUUUGGACCAGGAGGAAGAUAUCAUGAAGAUCCUGCUGCAUACGCAAUGGAACGGUAUGCGUAUUAUGUUUGCUACAAAUGUCAGAAAGCUUAUUAUGGUGGUGAAGCACGAUGCGACGCACAAGUAGGUGGAGAAACGUUCGAUCCUACAGAAUUAGUUUGUGGAGGUUGUAGCGACGUGGCAAGGGCUCAGAUGUGUCCGAAGCAUGGAGCAGACUUCCUAGAGUAUAAGUGUCGUUAUUGUUGCUCGGUGGCAGUCUUCUUUUGCUUUGGAACUACACAUUUCUGUAACCCCUGCCACGACGACUUCCAACGAGUCACCACCAUUCCAAAGGGUGAAUUACCUUCGUGUCCUGCAGGACCUAAAGCAAAACAACUCGAAGGGGAAGAAUGUCCUUUACACGUUAAACAUCCACCAACUGGUGAAGAAUUUGCGCUUGGAUGUGGUAUUUGCCGUAAUGCGCAUACUUUUUAAGAUUCUAAAACAAUUUGAUUUGACUAUGGGACGAAACUCUUUCAUAAUUUAUAUUUGGCACGAUAAAAGUUGCUCUUAAAACUAUUGAAGAAUGCUUAAGAAUGCAGUAUAUAAACGAAUAUAGUUCGAUAUAAGUAUUCUCAUAAUUAAAAAUACGUGUGUCUAAGUGCUAUGUGUAUAUCGAUUUUUAAGAAUUCUUAUAGUGAUCGCAAAAGUGGAAUUGAUGCAAUAUACUUACAAAAGGAAACAUAUAGACACAACUGAAUAGCUGCAAUUAUAAGUGAGAAUUUGAUGAUGCGUGAAACUAUAAUAUUUGUUAAGUAUUACAUAAGUCGUUUUUAUUGGUAAUUUUAGAAAUUACUAAAACACAUAGAGAAAACGAAAGAAUCUUGUGCAUAUAUUAAACUUCUAUACAAAGCAAAAAAAGAAGCUUGCACGUGCAUAAAUCAUACAUAUUGUAGUGAUUCUUUGAUAAAGUAUCUUAGAUAUAAAUUAGUAUUUAAUGUUUAAAAUAUAUGUGUAUAUAUAUAUAUGUGUGUGUGUGUAUGUGUGUGUAUAUAUAUAUAUAUAUAUAUAUAUAUGUAUAUAUAUGAUAUAAUUCUACAUGCUAUAGGAAAUAUUUAAUUAUUAUUGGCAAUGAUCCUAAUAAAUUAUAUAUAUAAGAAGAUUAUGUAUGUGAAAGAAGUGUGUUAUUUAAAAAAAUAUGAAUUAAAUUGUGGUGAAUAUAAAUUUAAAAGUAAAAAUUGAAAUGUGUAUGAAAAAUUACGAUUGAUAAUAUAUAUAAUGAAUUAUUAUUAGCAUUGUUGCUCGGCAUACUCAUAAACUUUGCAUUUAUUAUCUUAUCAACCUCUUAUGUUUUUAUACUUUUCCAAAGGAAUAGAGCGUACUAUUACAUUUUUAAUGUUAUUUAUUUAUCAGCAUAAUACAUUGUAUUAUGUGCGCAGCUUGCGAAAUGAUAGAAUCAUUGUGUAUAUUCAUAAAUGAAUGCAAUGUAUGAACGAUAAUUGCGAAUCGAGCGUCGAUUGUUAUUAUUUGUGUUUCAACUUAUCUAGUGCAGAUUAAA